UCAAUUAAAGAGGCCCUAUACAUUCAAUCUUGACAUACUUUUUAGGAGAAAAAAGAUUCCAUCGUUUGACAUGGUGAACAAAAGGAUGCGACCUGAUUAAAGGCGUAAAUAUUGAUGUCUUACAAAGGAAGUGAUUUUGAAACUUUACUUAAGCAGAGGAUGAUUGGUGUCCUUGUGUCGCUACUAGUUCUGAGUACCAGUGCAUUCCUCCCCGGGCGAUGUCACAUCUUAAGAGAUAUGCAGGAAUCAACUCAGUUUUGGACGAACUCAAAACAAGAAGGAUUUCGGGAUACGGGUUGCAACAUAUCGGCUGGAUGGAAUCUGACCGGAAGAGAAUGGGGUUGCUGUGGUAACUAUGAAGGCUGCUGUAAAAUGGCGACCAAGUUUUGCUAUCUUCAUGAUAGUAUCUGCCAAUGUUGUCAGCUCGGUUGGUUUAUUUGUGGUCCCGAAUGUAAACCAGAUGUGGAGUGUCUCUCAACAAAAGAGGAGGCCGAUUCAGAAGAUGAAUUCUCAAACACAAUGGCGUCGCCUUCAUCUCAACUCUCAGUAACUUCCUCUAUCAAUGAAAACAAAACAUUACAGGAUCAGAAUUCUACAAACACUAACAACAAAGUGAACAAGAAUUCGGCUGUAAAGAACGGAGGAUAUAAAAUGUCAGAUUCCGCGUUACUCCAUAGUAUAGCUAAACAAGCACAAUCGGUGGAUAGACAAGUCCCAUCGCUUGUCGAGAAUAGUCAGGAACAAGUGCGGAGAGACAGAGAUAUGAAAUUCACAACGACCAAGAGCGUGCAAACAAAGGACGAUACACAAUAUACAGACACGAAAAUGGGAAUUGUGAAAGACGAGCUGGAAUUUCCUGAACUGAACACAAACACUCACCAUAGUAACAUUAUUGAAGGAAGUGGCGAGGUGGACUGACAUUUCACAGGAAAUAGUAGAAGAGAAUCGAGGGUUUUGUGACUGACAUUUCACAGGAAAGAGCAGAAAAGACUCGAGGGUUUUGUCUCUCUUUAUGCAUGAUUUGGACUAAGAAUUUAUUUUCGAGUAUUUGGUUGAACGAAAAUAAUUGUAUAUGAAAAUGACAUUAAGAUAAUAUGCUAAAUACUGAACAAUAUUAAAGAUAGAAUAGCCUACAUUUAUAAUAUAAAGUACAGAACAACAUUA